UCUCUUGUUUUGUGGCAUAAAAACUUGUUUGCGAAAGCAAACGAGAAGAAAAAAAAAGUAAUGUGCGUUGCUGGUGUAUAAAAUUCGUUUUUUGGCGCAAUUGCAGCAAAUAGAUAUAUACACCUGGUGUUGCGUUCGUAUCGUUUCAAUUAACUUGCAAAUACGCUGUUCUUAAUCGAGGGUGCGUCGUGUUGUUGCCGCUGCUGCUGCUACGCUGACGCCAACGCCGACGACGACGACGCCAACGACGACGCUGACGCCGACGUUAACAAUAUGGCUUCCGAAAUUGCUGUGGUAAACAUUGGGAACUUUGAAAAGAUACAGAACUUUCUAAAUGACACCGCCUACAAGGAGAUACUGGAGAACAGCGAGAACUUCAACACGCGCCUCUGCAUUGAGAGGCGCCUCCGCAUGCCGUUCCUCGACCCUCAGACGGGCGUUGCACAAACACACUGCGCUCUGUUCAUGAAACGCAAGCAGCGAAUGCCCGGCUUCCGGCAUGGCCAAAUCUAUACGUAUCCCUCGGCCCGUUGGCGCAAGCCGAAGCGACAAUAUUUAUUGAAUCCCCAUCAUAGCUAUCGCGCCUAUCAAUAUCGCGAACACCAUCAUCUGCCCCAUCAGCAUCAACAUCAGCAUCAGCAUCAUCAUGUGCCAACCACAUCGGGCAAUUCGGGAACACUUUCCACACGUGACCAUCAUCAGGCGGAAAGUGCAGCUAUUGCGGCCACAGAUGGCAACUCGAUGGGCGCUUCUGGGGACAAUGAUAGCAAGGAUUCACAUGCCAAUGCCGAGAAGGAUUGGUUCCAUGAGGAUAUGGAUUCAUCGCACUAUCAUCAUGCCGAUGACUACGAGGAUGACUUUGAUUCGGACAAUGAUUUCGACGAAUCCUACAGUAGUCGGGGUAAACGCAAACGGGGAUCACGUCCAAGACGCUCCAAUGCCACCGUCGACGGCACUCCGAAACGUGGCCGUAAGGGAGGCGGAAGUCGUCGACGCAAUGCAACGGAUGGAGAUACUCCAGAUCGUAGGAGACGCAAUGCAGCUGGCAAUAAUGCAAACACCUCGGCAGCAGCUGCAGCGGCAGCCGCGGCUGUCGCCCAUGCUGCAAGCACUGCGGCAGCAGCAGCUGCUACUCAGGGACUCUAUGCAACGCACUCUAACUCAGCAUCACCGAUUCCCAUUAUCGAUGAAACCUCACAGUCGGCACUGGUGAUGACGGCCACACUUUCAUCGUCAUCGUUCGACAAGACAUCACUGACUGAUGCCGGCGCCUCAAAUGAUUCAAUCCCUUUGGCCACAAUGGCCAGUAUGGCUAACAUGUCGACAACGCCAGCGUCUGCUGCUGCUGCAGCUGGUGGUGGUAGUGGUGGUGCUGGUAAUGGUGGUGCUACAACAACGCCAGCUGUAUACACAACUGUAAACACGCCACCAAGCAAUCCGUUGGCAAGUCCCAAAAAGAACAAGUUGCGUGCGGAACGAGAUGUGGCACAGCCUUCGCCAUAUUGUGACUUUUGUCUGGGCGAUCAGCGUGAGAACAAGAAGACGAAUAUGCCUGAAGAGCUGGUGUCCUGCUCCGACUGCGGCCGCUCUGGCCAUCCAUCGUGUCUGCAAUUUACGCCCAAUAUGAUAAUAUCGGUGAAACGGUAUCGCUGGCAGUGUAUUGAGUGUAAAUAUUGUUCGAUUUGUGGCACAUCCGACAAUGACGAUCAGCUGCUGUUCUGCGAUGACUGUGAUCGCGGUUACCAUAUGUAUUGUCUGUCGCCGCCAUUGGUAACGCCGCCCGAGGGCUCCUGGAGCUGCAAACUCUGUAUGGAGGAGUUUCACAAGCACAAGUAAAAAAAAUACAACUGAAUUUAAAAUGACAAUUCGAAGCUCGUCGCUCGUCGCUCGUCGGUGCAGAAUGUAAAUGUAUUUUAUUUUUAUUAUUAUUUUUUAACUGUGUUUUUCCACGUGCGUGCAGCUUUUAAAAUUACACAUGUCUUAAUUUUAAAUUACCUUUUUAAGUAUUCCUUAGUAUGUUCUUAAUCUUAUGCGUGUAUCUAAUUAAUUUAAAUUUUGUAUUCGUAACUACGCUUAUAUGUGGACCGCUCCAAGUAUUCUAAGUAUUCCGCCGCCUUCUGCGCAAAGUGUAGUUAUACACAAUGGUCGUUAAGUAAAUUCAAUCCUUAUCAUUUCGUAUCAUUUCUUUUACAAUGUGUUGUACGAAUCUUACGAAAUAUUUUUAUGAACUUAUAAAUUACCAUAAUGCCAAUAAAUACUGCAACACUUUUUGCAUACA